AUGAUAAGAAAAUAAUUUAAUCCCAACAGUUGUAAUUCAGGUGGAAAAUAAACUAUUGAAACAUUAUAAGAAAAACAUUUAAUAGCUCUUAUCAAUACAAGACCUAGAGUUGUAAUCAAAACACCACAUCCUCAUGUUGAUGCAAAUAAACCAUUCUCCAUCAGUUUUUAUUAUAUUAAUAUCAAUUUUAGAAGACAAACAAGAUUUCACAGAAAUUAAUGAAACAUAUCGUCGUGUUUAAGCUUUAAAAUCAGGAUAUUCAGAUUCUAAAAUGCCUAAGACAUUCAAAAUGAAAGAAGCAUUAAAAAGAAAAAAUAAAGUAUCAUAAUUUAUUCAAGAACAAGUAUUAGAAUAUAAUAAAUAAAAGAAUCAUUUCAAUAACAUUAAAGCACUUGAAAAUAAUAUUUAAGAGAUUACUACAAGAACUUAAAAGAAUAUAUAAAGAAUCAAAUCUAAUUCAAGAAUGCAUAGUAUUGCUUCAUCCAUUAAAGAAAAUUCAAGAAUUAUUAAAAGAGAAUGGGAAGAAAAGUCUUCUCAUCCUUUGGAAUAUGAAUGGAAGUAUAUUAUCUAUUUUGAGUUAUUUUGAGCUAAAAAAAGACCUGAUUCAGCUUUUAGUAAAUCAAAAUAAAGUAAAGGGGACACAAUUUUAUCAAAUAUUUUUUCAUUUGAUUAAAGUCUUUAAAAAUAAUAAACUGCUUCUAAAAGAAAUUAAUAAGAUCUUCCUUUUGAUCAUGCUGAUAUUCCUUUAACUGAAGAUAUUUAAGAUGAAGAUUUUUUUAUUUAUACUGAUACAUAAAAAAAAUUGCCAAAUGAAAAUGCAAUACAAUCUCCCCAUUCUGCUAUUAUUAAUAAGAAAACAUAAUCUACAACUAAUGUAAUAAUUCCAUUGGUGAAACCUAAUGAAAAAUUGAAUGAUGUUAAACGCAAAAUAUAUUAAACUUUGAUGGAAUAUAAAGUAUGUUUUAAUAUUAUUUUUAUUAUUCUACUAGUUAUUUUAAAGAGAUUAAGUUUAUUAAAUAGGAUUAGCAUAUAUAAACAAAAAUUAAUGGCUUGAUGAGAAUGAAAUUCUUUAAGAGUGCAAUAAAAUAUCCAAAUAAUUGUACGGAGUUGAAUGA